UUUUUUUCCUGAUAUGAGGAAGUGGUUAGGACAAAUUAAAUGAGGUCAUUGUUUUUAUGUUCCGAAAGUGCAUUGUCAUGGUGACACCCUACUCACAAAAAAUACCUCAAAAGCGUCAUUUUCCGGAAAGAAUAGUCUUGUGAAUUGUUCUUUGAAAAAUCCUAAUACACUACAAUAAACAACUGGGACACCCAAACUGUUUACUUGAUUCCCAUUUCAUGAGACUGGAAUAGGUGAGGAAAAAAGAAAAAAUUCACAGCAGGAAAACCAGACAGGAUUGACAUCAAAUACCAUGCUUGUAAAAUCAACAGCUGUGUACCCCACAGAGAGUAUGUCACACCCCUGGACAGGUAUGUCAGCAUCACAGUUUGAGGAUAACAGUAUUUCUAAACUAAUGGCCGGUGCGAUGCUGAUGGAUGCUGGGUGUGAUCUCCCAUUCUGGCCCUCUGAAAGUUUUCCGGGAUCGUCACAAUCCUCGCAAAUUGUCAAAAUGGAGAAGGAGGGAUUUGCACCCAACAACAUCGAUUGCUGGUCCUUGCCCGGGCAACAGCCGCCCGUUGACUUUCACCAGAGUGGAGGCUUUCAACACAUUACCCAGAAUAAUGGCUUUAACCCAAUCUCGAAUGGCAGCAUUAACGGAAACAACGCCUUUGGGCAGAAUUUUGGGAGUAGUCAUUUCAAGCCCCCACAAGACCAGUUCCGCAAAAGAUAUGGGAAUUAUUCCAACGAACAAUACCCGGACUCCAACAUAGCCCUGAAGGCCGAGACUGACGAAGGCAAGUGGAACAAUUGUACGAUGAACACACAUACGGAUUUAUUCGAACCGACACGAAGUGGUAACGGCAAGAAUGUUUCUCUUAAAGAGGGCCCUUAUUCACCAUUGUCUUUCAAACUGCGAGAUCGGACUUCCCAGAAGUUAAGUCCGAAUAUGGAUUCCGAGCGGAAGUUAUUUGACAUGGUGGAGUCCGAUAGCGACUCAAAAACGAGCGACAGUCAACCAACAACACACCCUGAUUGGACUGGGGAUAGUCCGUCACCAGACAUCAACGUGGAUCAGAUGAUCAACAGCGGAGUUACUGUGGCUGGUUACAAACCCAGAAAACUUAUCUGCAAGAGGAAAAAGUCUACGGUGCCCUCCGACCUGAAGGACCCAGGUUACUGGGAAAAAAGGAAGAAAAACAAUGAUUCGGCCCGAAGGUCGCGAGAAGCAAAGAAGGAGAAGGAGAGGAAUUUCUAUAAGCGUGCUCUGGAACUAGAGUAUGAAAAUCAUUACUUAAAGGAAAGAGUUGCAUUUUUAGAGAGAAAGCUAGAGUCGGUCAUGAAACAAAAUUCCAGUUAUCCCGGCCCAGAAAACCAAACGGCACCCCCACCGCCACUCACCAUGUAACAGGCAUCAAUUGUUUUUAUUUAGUUUCGAAUUAUUCUUCUCUUUGACAGUAUUGUAGUUGUCGGAAUAUUUUUUGACUUGUGCAAGUCUUCAUUGUUCUUUUCCCCUUUUUUUCUCUCGAAAUUUACCAAAAAGUAAGAGAUAGAUACGCACUUGAUUUCAUUUAUGAAAAUUAGUAUUUCGUUGUACAAGUUUAUGUAUUGUACAGAAAAGUUUAAAAUCUAUAGAAUACCAAAGAACUAGUUAAUAAGCGAGUCCAUUGUUGUAUCCACAUUGUUAGAGUUGUCGUGUCUUCUUGAUAUAUUUGGUGUAUGGUGUUUUUGUUUUAAAAGUGCUGAUCUUCUCAUAGAAACUUUCCUUCCCUUUUGUUUUUUUAACAGCACGGUGGUGUUGAUGUGUUCGGAGAUUUGCUACAGUUUGCAACUUUCAUUUUCACAAAUGAAACAUUUUCUUUCAAAUAUGUUCACUUGUAACCUAAAACGCAUAAUAGGAAAAGGUCAGCAUUUGCGCAGUGUCUAUUGUGGUAUGCAGACUCCAGUAGUCCUUUUUAAAGUAUAAAUUACGGUAUGGUUUAUUUUAUUUGUGCCUUUGAUGAUUCAGCAUCUAAAUCUGACUCUUACUCGUUUGAUCUUGCUUGUACUUACACUUCUGAUACAGAAGAGUUCUGGUCAAAGUACCUUAAAUAAUGUGUUCUACACCAGUAUUUAUGUUGGUCCUGGUAUGUGAUGUCACGCUUUUUUUGAGUGUUCAUGCUAAGAACCGGUGAUGUUUGGGACAAUCUGGUCAGCUUUUUCAGUACAUUUUUGUCCUGUGGUUUUUUUUUCCGUUGGCUCCAAGAGCAAUUAUUGUCUCUCAACAUGUCGGGGGGUUUUUGAUUACUAACUGCAUACAUAAUCUGUAAAUAUGCUCACUUUUAGAAACAGGAGUUUGUAACAUGUGGGGACUGUUGGAAGGCAUAGAAACCUGACUGUGUGUUACAGCACCUAUUUUAUUUUAGCUGUGUAAAAUCGCUUACCUUACUUUUUGUAGACAAUAGUUGGAAAAUCAUCUAACUUUCGUGCAUGUUUUGGAAAUGGUGUGUGUAGCCCUUUAUCCGAUUCAGUACACAGAUGGUUGUUAUCAAUGACUUUUGUGUUUUACUUUUUGUGUAUAUCUUUGUCGAGGUAGUGAUUAUGCGAAUAUCUGUGGCGUCUAACGCCUAAAAUCCAAAAAACUUUUGAUAUAGUGAAUUGUUAGACAUAUAUAUAGAAUAACCCUUAUCUAAUGUUUAUAGUUGUUGCUAUAUAUGAUAUGUAUUGGUGAGACCAGUGUAUGUUAUAUUAUUUUUUCCCCAUUAUUUUCUUUUUUGUCGUGCUUGCAUUGCAUGUAUCGUUAAAAAAAACAAGUGUUUGUAUCAAACCUAAAUUUCUACUUUAAUGACACCAACAUAUGACGAGUGCCAUCAAAGUACUACUAUUCAUGGGGUAUGAUAUUGCACCUUCAUCUAGAGGGCUAGCAGCAAUAGGUUGGGUGGUUUUUGGUGUCAUUAGAGCAGAUUCGUUGAUUUAAUUCCGUAUUCAUUCGGUAUCAAAUAUCAGAGUAUGGAAUAAGGCCCGUGCACAGACGUUGAACUCUGACCUUAUAAAAACCACGAAGAUCCUGCUCGUUUUAUGUAUAUAUGUUCGUCUUAAUCCUAGAUGCUUAAAGCAUUGAUUUAUUCUGCUGUAGCAGCUCUUCAUCCAAAAAGUCAGUAUUUACUGCCAAUAUUCAUGUCAUUUUUUUCCUUUUAAGCAUAAUAUUGUGUGAUAACUUAUAAAGUGUACGACACUGUGUUUGUUUUGUAAGGACUUUGCAAUUUUGUGAAUAUGCAACGAUAGUUACUGACUUGAUUUUUUUUUUUUAAAAUCUGUACAAUUAUGUUAAGCUUUCAAUCCUUAAAACACAUUCCUUGAUUAAUCAUAAGAGAUUAAUGUUUCGUUUUCUAUUUUAACAGAAUAUUAUCUAUGUUAUUAAAGUCUAAAAGAGGUAAAUACGUAUUCAAAAGUAUAUAUUAAUAACGUAGGUAAGUCCCCCCUAAAAGUCCUCUAUUUAAAGGUGAAGAUAAAUAUAAUGUAGCACUGUCUUUAUUUAAAAAAAAAAGAAACCGUAUUUUUUAACUUUCCAGAUUGUACUAAGCUUACAUGUAAGUUGGUUCAUCUAAUAAAUUCCUUUUCAGAUUAUACAAUGAUUCAUGACGGAAGUUAUUUCGUAUUUUACAGAAAUUUCAAUUAAAACAAAAAUGUGGCUAAAUUCCUUUGUCAUAAUCGCAGAAUAGAGCACAUGGUACAAUGUAACUAUAUCUUGCAAUAUACUAGGCUAGAUUAUCUGUUAAUCUGAACAAAAAUCGACAUCUCCAAUACACGUUCCAUGACUUCAAAAGUGACAUCCCCCCCCCCCCUAACCAUUGCCUAAAAUUCUCUUUACUUCACAAAAUACAAACAUUUUCCUCUUCCUCGAUUAAGUCCAGUGCUCAUUACUUAAAUUUAGAAGGAAAAAAUGAAAUUGCCAUUGGAUGCUUUAGAAUUUCGUUUUUGUUUUUUUUUCUUCAGAGGAUUGAAAUUAAAGCUGUUGCCUAUAGUGUUAUGUGUGUAGUGUCUCAACCGGAAAUAGGUGCUAUAUGUUUGGUAACAUUAAAAUUGCAAUGUUUAUUGGGUGUUGUGAAUGUAAUAUUCGAAUUAUUGGGGGGUGGGGAGUACAAUCUACUGAUUAUGCACUGCAAUAUAUGAACAUGAUAUGAGCUGUUCCAUCAUAUGCAUUUCGCAGUCAUACAAGAACAUUUGCUGUGUAUUUCAAAAAUGUUUAUAUUUAUAUGGAUGUAAUGCAUUGAUAGAAUAUUAAGAAACUCGGACAAACAAAGUAUAUCCCUAAGCAUUUCAAAGGAGGCAAGAAAAUAUAUCCUUUCCUUUCAAACAGGAAGCUUUAUCAAAAGAUAUCCUGGCAAUUAAAAGAACAAAAUGUCAAUGUUAAGGUUUUCAGUAUAGUAAUAAUAUAAAUCCCAGCCUAGUUGUGUUAAUAGUCUCAGUAUAUUCAUUUUUAAUUCUUCAAGUAUAACUUAUCAAUAUUUAAACUUUUCGGUCAAAGGUCCAUCUAAUAUUUCACAAUUUGAAUUAUAUUCCAUGAUUUUUUAUAGAAUACAAAAUAAUACAGCCACUGUACAUCUUCAAUCAGAUGUCGCCCGCAUCUUGUCUAAUAUUACAGUAGUACUACAUCACACUUUGAGAUGCUCGAUGUAACAUUUUUAAGGCCUUUUGAUAAUUAUUUAUGCCGUCGCAACACUUUUUAUUAAUUUUAAGAAAUUCAUCUAUUUUGACGAUUUUCAUAUUUUGCAAAUGUAAAAUAUCGAAGUUUAAUUGAAUUUUUUUAAAACACAAUUUUCCAUACACAAUCCCCACCCCCACCCCCGGUUGCUAAUUUGUCAAAAUUUUCCUCCUCUGCGUGGGAACUUUGAAAUCUUCGACGCUUCUUUUGGAAUUCCGUUUUCCUGAUAGAUUCUGAUUAAAACGAGGGGUAAAGGAAACGGAAAUAUACAAUCGAAAUUCGUGACUUGUAUUAUAACCCCUUAAUGAUAACUAAAACAACACAGAUAUGCUCCAAGAUUAAAAAAAAAAUCCACAUAUUGUACGAGUUUCGAGUACGGUGAAAAGUCAUUCGUUUCAAUUGGAUUUUGAUUUGGGAUAGAUCUUCUGACCGAUAUUCAAAAUGUUUUAAACGAAACCCAUUGAAAAAAGAAAAUCCUGUUAUUUUGGAAAUUCCCAGCAAUUCGGUCCGUUUAAAUCUACUACACACGUGGAAAUAAAACUAAUUUGUUCUCGUUAUAGAAUAAUUUGAUCCUUAACACUACACAAAUCUCAUCUUUAAAUGCAUCGGUUGACCUGCCUCUGGUUUCUAUUACAGCUGUUAAUAGGCCACGUGCAGAGAACGGACACUUUUCCGCUUUUUAUUAUUAUUAUUAUUUUUUUUUUUUGGUCUCCCCUGAUUGUGUACAUUGUCAUGAUAUCGGCCGAGGUAACGGACUGUUUGCUUGCUUCAUUUAUCAUAUGCACAUAACACAGAAUUUGUCCAGUCAAAUUGAGGACCUUUAUUUUGCAAUAUUUUUAUUGUUUUCUGCUCUCUUUCAUUUGAUGCCACAUGAAUUUCAUUUUAAAGAUAUUCAAGGAGAAUUUUGACAAUAUUGUUUUAGUGAUGAUUCAAAACGUUUGGCAUGUGUGGAAAUAUGAAUGUAUUUCAAUUCGUUUAUUCAAUGUAAGUUUCUGUCUUUUCAGUUAGAUAAUCAAUUUCACGAACAACGAAUCUUGAAACUAGACUUUUCCAGGAAUCUGCACUGCUUAAAAUCCCCCAAAUGCUCAAUCAUUCUCUGUUACAUAUACGAAAACUUGGUUUUUUCCAUAUUUAAUGAAAAGUUGCGAAAUUCUUCUUAGUUUAUCCGUACAUUAGUAUCUGUAUUAUCUUUCUAUAUUGUGCUUUCAGUAUAUUGUGUCGCUUUGUUUCAUGGAAUUUAGAGAUCUUAAUUAGAUAUAAAAUAUCGUUAUCAUGCGUAUGAUCUCUGAUUUUUUCCAAUUUGAGAAUAAAUGUUAAAGAAACA